GAUCUCCCUGCCCUGCUGAUCUUUGUCUGUGCUUCCUGUCUGCAAUGAUGAGGAUUGGCUGCCUCUUGCCUUUCGCCUUCAUCAGCGGCGCCGUCGCCUUCGUCGCGCCAGCCGCCCGUUUGCGCGUCCGUGGCGCUCUCCUGCCGACUCAUCCCCGCCCAUCCACAACAGCAGCGCAGUCGGCCGUGGCGGAGCCACCCGAUACGAAUACGAAGGAAACAGGGAUCAGCGUGGGCAAUGUGGUGAACGGCUUUGAGCGGUAUGUGUUUUCUUUCGGUGAUGGGUGCGACACCCCGCCGCUGGACAAGAACCUGCUGGGCGGCAAGGGCAAGGGCGUCAGCGAGAUGGCCGACAUGGGCCUUCCCGUGCCACCGGGUUUCGUCAUCACCACUGGUCAGUCAGGGAGAGAAAUGACACAAGAAGCGAAGCACUCAUUGCAAGCGGUGUUUGAUGUCUGUGUGUGUGUGCUGAUUGAUUUGAUUGCAUUGUCUGCAGAGGCGUGCAAGUACUACCGCAACAACAAGAGGGCGAUGCCCGAGGGGCUGGACAUGCAGGUGGAGGCCGCCAUGAAGGUGCUCGAGCGACAGAUGAACGCCCAGUUCGGCUCCAUCGACAACCCACUCCUCGUGGCAGUCCGAUCGGGCGCACGGUGAGGCAGGCAAUGAGCGAGGGAGGGAGGCACCACACACUGACUGACACCAAUGCGACUGUCUGUCUGUGUGUGUUCGUCUGUUUGGCUGUUUGGCUGGGUCAGAGUGUCGAUGCCUGGUAUGAUGGAGACGGUGCUGAAUCUCGGCUUGAACGACGAGGCGGUGGAGGGCUUUGCCAGACAGACCAACAACCGCCGGCUGGCCUACGACUCUUACAGACGGUGCGCGAGGGCGUCAGAGAGGGCGAGAGGGAGGGAGGAACCAGGCAUCGUGGAAGAGAGAAGCCAUGUGUGUUUGUGUCUUGAUGUGUGCAGCUUCAUCACCAUGUAUUCCAACGUGGUCGAGCACGUCAACCCCCGCAUCUUCGAGGCAACCACACACACACAUACAGCCCACCAGCCACCACCACACACCCCUCCCUCUCUCCCUCCCUCCCUCCCUCCCUCCUUUUCUAUGAAUGUCUCUCUUUGUGUGUCAGAAGGAGCUCGAGAAAAUGAAGGAGGAGCAAGGCGUCACACAAGACGUCGACCUCUCAGCCGACGCGCUCAAGGAGCUCUGCCAGCGGUUCAAGGCUCUCAAGCUCAAAGCGACCGGGACCCCCUUCCCCGACGACCCUCGUGAGCAGCUCGUCCGCGCCAUCCGGGCUGUGUUUGACUCUUGGGACAGCGAGCGGGCGGGUGCGUAUCGUCGGUUCCACGGCUAUCCUGAUGACUGGGGGACCGCGGUGGUUAUCAUGACCAUGGUCUUUGGCAACAAGGUCGGUCGGUCGGUGGGCCACAGAUGCCUUACGGAUACGCAUCGAUUGCAAACACGUGUGUGUGUGUGUGUGUGUGUGUGUGGUUGGCGUGGCCAGGGUGAUGACUCGGCGACGGGUGUGGGCUUCACACGCGAUCCCUCCACAGGCGAGAAGCGAUUCUACGGGGAGUUUCUCCCCAAUGCGCAGGGCGAGGACGUCGUUGCGGGCAUUCGCACACCCCAGCCCGUGAAUGAGCUGCAGGCGGUGCGGUCAGGCUCCGACCUUCCCACUUUGGAGAAGACGAUGCCCGAGGCCUACAAGCAGCUGAUGGAGACGGCGCAGAAGCUCGAGACCCACUUCAGGGACAUGCAGGACCUGGAGUUCACGAUUGACAAGGGGCGGCUGUUCAUGCUGCAGACCAGGACGGGCAAGAGGACCGGGCUGGCGGCCAUCAACAUCGCAUUCGACAUGCUCAACGAAGGGCUCAUUGACGAGAAGGAACUCAUUAUGGUCAGAGAGAGGAGAGAGACCGACCAGCCAGCCAGCCAGCCAGCCAGCCAGCCAAACACCCAUCCUCAUUGUGUGUUUUCGAUUUUCUUCUUGUCAGCGCAUCGAGCCAGAGCAGUUGGUGCAGCUUCUGGCCCCAGUCUUCGACCCACAAGAGAAAAAGCGCGCCUCCCCCCAUCUCGCCGCCCGAGGCCUCAACGCCGGCCCCGGCGCCGCAUCCGGCGUGGCCGUCUUCUCCACGGAGAAAGCCGUCGAGAUGAAAGCCAAAGGCGUCAAGUGCGUCCUUGUCCGAGAGGAGACUUCUCCAGAAGACUUUUCUGGCAUGGUUGCGGCCGAGGGGGUGCUGACGAUGCGCGGCGGGUCGACGAGCCAUGCUGCCGUGGUGGCUCGGGGCAUCGGCAAGCCGUGUGUGUGCGGAUGUGGGUCGCUUCGCUACAACCGUGAGGAGAACUUUGUGCGUGUGGAGGGGACGGGUAUGGUGCUGAGGGAGGGGGAUCCGAUCAGCAUCGACGGCACCACGGGCGAGGUCUACUUCGCCGAACUCCACACCACACCCUCUGAAGUGCUGCAGGUCAGUGAGCGAGACCCAAUCACCCACGCAUAGGGAGGGAGCCGGCCCCACACGCACACACAUUGAUGGCAUGACGCAGGUGUUGAUCGACAAGACGAAGCUUCCCGAGGAGAGCAAGACCUUCCAGCAGUUCAACACCAUCAUGACCCUCGCAGACAAGUACAGACGCCUCCGGGUGCACGCCAACGCAGACACGGGCAGGGACGCAGAGGUGGCCCGGGCCCUGGGGGCGCAGGGCAUCGGCCUCACACGGACGGAGCACAUGUUCAUGGACAAGGAGAGGCUGACCGACGUGCGGAAGAUGCUCUUCUCGGAGACUGAGCAGCACAGAAAAGAGGCUGUCGCGAUGCUGCUCAAGUAUCAGAAGAGGUAGGAGGGCGGGUGGGCAAAGGCAGGCAGAGGCAGCCGAGGGAGGCGAUUGAUGUGAUAGAAUGAUACGACGGCUCGCUGCUCUCCUUGUGUGGUGUGUGGAUGUGUUGCACUGCAGUGACUUCGUUGAGAUCUUUCGCGCGAUGGAUGGACACCCCACGACAGUAACCACACACACACACACACACACAUACACACACACAGGAUGUCUCAACUGCCGAAGGACACCUUGUUCUUUCUGUGUGUGUGUGUGUGUGUGGCUAUGUAUGUUUGAUGUAGAUUCGUUUGCUGGAUCCGCCCCGCCACGAGUUCAUGCCUCACGACGAGGAGGAGCUGCAGCAGCUGGCGGACGCCAUGGACACACCCCUCGAGGAACUCCUUCGCAUCAGCGAGGCCAUACGAGAGGCUAACCCCAUGGUCGGACACACAGACAGACACAUAGACAGACAGACAGACAGACGCAGACAGAGAGAGGCGGGAUCAAUGAGCAUCCGUGAGCUAAGCUGCCUGCUGUGUGUGUUGUCUGUCGGUACUCAGCUGGGUCACCGUGGCUGCAGACUGGGUAUCCUCUUCCCGUACCUCACAGAGAUGCAGGUAGCUAUGGGUCACGGCGGCCUGACAGAAAGACAGACACGGAAGGAAGAAGGACACACACUCCACUCCCACACAUGCUAUGCUGUCGUGUGUUUGGCUGGGCUGCUUGGCUUGCAUGUCAGGCCCAGGCCAUAUUUGAGGCGGCGGUGGAGGUGGCCAAGGAGGGCAAGACGGUCAUGCCCGAGGUCAUGGUGCCGCUCGUCACCAGCAAGAACGAACUCCGCCACCAAAAGGCCAUCAUCGACAACGUACGUACGCCAGACACACUAGACCCACACACACGUAAAGUAUACAGCUGCAUUGCAUUCGCUGGCUGCCCACAUCUCGUCUGCCUGCAUCUGUGUGCUGUAUCACUCAUCUGUCAGACGGCCAAGGCUGCGUUUGAGAGGAGCGGCAUGACGCUGCCCUACAAAGUGGGCACCAUGAUAGAGCUGCCGCGGGCCGCUCUGCGGGCGAAAGAGAUCGCCGAGCUGGCCGAGUUCUUCUCCUUCGGCACCAACGACCUCACGCAGUCGACGUUUGGCAUCAGCCGCGACGACAGCGGCCACUUCGUGCCGGCCUACAUCAGUGGGGUGGAGUACCCCGGGGAGGGCCAGGAGAAGAUACAGAUCCUCGACAACAACCCUUUUGACGUACUCGACCAGGUCGGUUGGUCAAUCUUUCUUGUUGGUGUGUGUGGUGACACCAUCCAUCCAUCUGUGUGUGCGUGUGUGUGUGUGUGUGUGGUCAGGACGGUGUGGGCGAGUUGAUGGAGAUAGCGCGCGACCGCGGCAAGCAGAGCAACCCCAAUCUUAAGACGGGCAUCUGUGGCGAGCAUGGCGGGGAGGGACGCUCUGUCAACUUCUGCCAUAGAAUCGGGCUCGACUACGUCUCAUGCAGCCCAUACAGAGUGCCAGUGGCCCGCCUCGCAGCUGCCCAGGCGGCCAUAGAGGAGCUGGGGGGCGGGGCUGAGGUGGCUUAUCAGGGGCCGAGUGUGGGCUACAUCCCUGGCAAGACCGUCGUGUCGUAACGCUUUGCCUGACUGUCUGUCGGACUGUUUAGCGCUGAGGGAGGAGACGGGAGGGGAGGUAAUUUAAGCCCGAAGGGCGUGUGUGUGUGGUGUGCCCGCUUUGUGGGCGCUGCGUGUGGUGUGGUGUGGUAUCGCUAUGGUGAUGGGUGCGUGUCCGUAUGAGGGGACGUCUGGAUGUCCGGUUCGCCCGAUCGACGGUGACUUCACACACACACACACACACACACACGGCAGGCAGGCAGGCAGGCAGGCAGGAAAUAUAUUCUCAUUUGCGUGCGUGAGGACGUCUAUGUGUCGUGUGUGUUUGUAUGUUUGUCUGUAUGUGCAUGGCAUGCGCCUCUCUGUGUUGGUGUGCCGUGUGGCCUUUUCCUGGACCGACCGAUCGCUGAUCACUUAUUUUUGUGUCGGUCGUCUCUCUCGCUCAUCGAUUAAUUGAUCAAUGUGCAGGCAGGUCCUCUCUCUUUUUGGGCCAUCCAUCCACCCACCCAUCGCCGUGGCAGGCAGCUGGCAUGGCGGUUUUAUCUCGUGUGUGCGUAGGGGGUGCGUGUGAGGGGAUGUGUGUGUGGAUGUGUCCAUGGCUGUGUGUGUGGCUGUGGUUUUUCCUGCACGGGGCGCGGUUGCAUGAGACUGCGACAGACAGAGAGACAGACAGAGAGACAGACAGAGAGAGAGAGAGACACGGACACUUUCUCAGUGAACACUUCGUACCAAAGGGGCUGGCAGUGCGUGAGGUGGAUAGGUAAGAAGAACGGCCGUCGAGUGACUGAGCGGCGCGCACAGGGGCGGCCGAGCUGUGUAGGCUGGUGCUCAGAGAGAGGAGGGUAAGGGGCUUAAGUGGGUUAGUUAAGUCGGCUGCUACACAACACAACACCGAUGCAUUGCAUGAAGCUCGCGAGGCGAGCAGUCCACCACUGGUCGCAUUUUUUUCGUGCAGCGUAAGCUAGUGCGUGUAUAUAUCCCGGGGGGUCUCCACUGACUGGUCGUCCACGACUUUCUGCCUGCCUGCCUGCCUUGCUGUCUUGUCUGGCUGAUAUGUGUCGAUAAUUCCGCCGUAUGUGUGUGUAUGGGCUGCGUGGGCGGGGAGGGGAGGGCAAGGAGGAUGCUUCGGGCGGGUGCAUCGGGCGGGGAUCGGCCGCGUGUGUCAUGUCAGUCACGGCCGUGCGAUGGUCCUGUCCUCUCUCUGCGUCGUGCAGGCAGAGAGGACGCGGGGGGUCACCAUACAUACCAUCCACAGUCGCAUCUAAUGCAGUACAUGUGUGCCACACGCGCAUGGCAUGGACCCGCCACUGAGGGCAUCACAUUCCAUGCCUAUCUGCCAGACAGACAGUCAGUCAGCGAGCCAAACACGAAGACGUCCCCUCUGCGUGUAUAUCUCGUGAGUGUUGUGGAUUGUGUGAGAGUGAUGCGAUCGAUGCCAAUUACGAGUGCAAGAAGGUGCAGUGCGGCAUGAUGCGUGUGUGGAAUUCACGCUCUCGUUCCGUGUGUGCGUGUGUGUGCGAUGUGGGGCGAGCGAAGGUUUUUCUCAGGUUCGGGCCUCCCUUCCCUCGUGGAUGUUUGUGGCGAGUCGGUGCGAGCAUGCAAUGCCAUCCAAUCCGUAUGCUACGCUUUGCAUUGCAAUGCAUGAGACUGUGAGACCGUGUUGUGUUGUGUUGUGUGUCGGCGCUCUGCCGUGGAUGUGGACCAAGGGCUACCUCUUUGUGUGAAGCUCUUUGCGGAU